AUGGAGGCCUCGGUAAUAUUACCCAUUCUGAAGAAGAAACUCGCCUUUCUUUCAGGAGGAAAGGACAGACGAAGUGGCCUCAUUCUAACAAUUCCAUUAUGCCUGGAACAGACAAAUAUGGAUGAGCUGAAUGUCACCUUAGAUUAUCUACUCAGCAUUCCAAGUGAAAAAUGUAAGGCUAGAGGAUUUACUGUGAUAGUGGAUGGCAGAAAAUCACAGUGGAAUAUGGUGAAAACAGUAGUCUUAAUGCUACAGAAUGUUGUUCCAGCUGAGGUGUCCCUCGUUUGUGUAGUGAAGCCAGAUGAAUUCUGGGAUAAAAAAGUAACACAUUUUUGUUUUUGGAAAGAAAAGGAUAGACUUGGCUUUGAGGUUAUUUUAGUGUCUGCCAAUAAACUGACAAGAUACAUAGAACCAUGCCAGCUAACAAAAGAUUUUGGUAGGAGUCUUACCUAUGAUCACAUGGACUGGCUAAAUAAGAGGCUGGUUUUUGAGAAAUUUACAAAGGAGUCUACAUCAUUAUUAGAUGAACUUGCUUUGAUUAACAAUGGAAGUGAUAAAGGAAAUCAGCAAGAGAAAGAAAGGUCUGUGGAUUUAAACUUUCUUCCAUCAGUUGAUCCUGAAACGGUUCUUCAAACAGGACAUGAAUUAUUGUCCGAAUUGCAGCAGCGUCGAUUUAAUGGCUCAGAUGGAGGGGUCUCAUGGUCUCCUAUGGAUGAUGAACUGCUGGCACAGCCACAAGUUAUGAAAUUGUUAGAUUCACUACGAGAGCAAUAUACUCGCUACCAGGAAGUUUGUAGGCAACGUAGUAAGCGCACACAGUUAGAAGAGAUUCAACAGAAGGUAAUGCAGGUUGUGAACUGGCUUGAAGGGCCUGGAUCGGAACAACUAAGAGCCCAGUGGGGGAUUGGAGACUCGAUGAGGGCUUCGCAGGCCUUGCAGCAGAAGCAUGAAGAGAUCGAGAGCCAGCACAGUGAAUGGCUUGCAGUAUAUGUGGAGCUCAAUCAACAGAUUGCUGCACUCUUGAAUGCUGGGGAUGAAGAAGAUCUUGUGGAAUUGAAACCACUGCAGCAA